AUGAAGGCUGCCUAUGUGCGAGGGAGGUUAAUUUCUGAAAAUAUCUCUCUUGUACAGGAAAUGGUUCAUAGUAUGAAGAGACAAUCAGGUAGAGUGGGUUCUUUGGCAUUGAAGAUGGACAUGUCAAAAGCUUUUGACAGGUUAGAAUGUGAUUUUUUAAUGCAAGUUCUGAAGCAAUUUGGCUUUUGUGAUAAAUGGUGUCAUUUAAUACACCAAUGCAUCAGUACAACUCAAGUAGAAGUUCUUCUAAAUGGAUCUCCUUGUCAAUAUUUUCAUCCUUCAAGAGGCAUUAGGCAGGGGGAUCCUUUUUCUCCCUACCUAUUUAUCAUUGACAUGGAAUCACUUUCUAGAAGGCUAGCUUUUUGUGAACAGACAAAAAUUAUUCCUGGUGUCAAAAUAGCAAGAAGAGCUCCUAAAAUAAAUCAUCUUCUGUUUGCAAAUGUUUGUUUGCUGUUUUCAAAAGAAAACUUAGAUCAGACAAGGAAGCUUCUAGAAGUUAUUGAAGAAUUUAAUAAAUUCUCAGGUCAAGUUAUCAACUUUAAUAAGUCAUCAUUAUACUUCAGCAACAAUGUCCGUCCUUCAGCAUGUGAGACAUUAGCAGGUAUUCUUCAAGUUUCUAUUAUGGACUCUAGUGAGAAAUAUCUUAGACUUCCCUUCUUCAUUGGAAGAGACAAGAAAAUUCCCUUCUAUUCUUUGGUAGAAAAAAUAGAUACUAGAUUAUCUAUGAGGAACUCUACUAAUUUAUCUGAGCCAGGAAGAACAAUUAUGAUCAAACAUGUUCUUAAUGCCUUACCUGUUCAUCACAUGACUUCUUUCAAGUUACCCGAUCAAACAGUAAAGAAACUAAAUUCCAUACCAGGUAAAUUCUGGAGAAGAAAGGAUACUAAUAAGGGUGCUAUUAUAUCUUGGUCUAACUUGAGUAGAUAUAAAGAAGAAGGUGGGCUUGGUUUUAGGGACUUGGAAUGUUUUAAUAAAGCUUUGCUCUCUAAAUCUGCUUGGAGACUUUGUACCAGAGGUUUUGAUCUGUGGUUUGAUGCAAUGGGUGCUAAAUACUAUCCUAAUGGAGAUAUAUUUGAGUAUACAGUUAAAGAUGAUUCGUCUUAUGCAUGGAGAAGUAUUAGUUCUCAAAUUCAGUUCAUAAAGGAGAACAAUUUUUGGAAUCUAGGUAAUGGAUCUCUAAUUAGGAUUUGGAAGGAUGUAUGGAUACCUGGUCUUGACUCCCCUCCUGAACCUAAAACAAAUUCUAGAAAGAUGUAUGGAUACUUGGUCUUGACUCUCCUCCUGAACCUAAAACAAAUUCUAUUGAUCCUUCUUUUAUUUCUUGGUUAA